CACCGUUACGCAGACAUUCUUGACUGACACAGUCCAGCUCGACUUACCCAGUCUGAGACGUUUUAUUAGGAUACAGGUAAAGUUUCAAGACGUUAUUGGACCACCUGCCCAUUAGAAUUGAGAAAAUUACGGCACAUUCCUCAUGUAUGUGCCCUUUGUCCCACAAGCCCAUUGUAUACAACAGAGGAAACCCUGUGCAGUAAACGCCGCCAUCUUGGAUAGACAGUUUCUCCAGCACAGGAUAACCUGCAGAUCCCUUUAGAAACCUCAAGACAUUAAGCAUAUAAAAGGCUAAACUCACGAGCCACCAUGGCCACAGCACCGUACAACUACUCCUACAUUUUCAAAUACAUCAUCAUCGGGGAUAUGGGAGUAGGGAAGUCAUGUUUGCUUCACCAGUUCACAGAAAAGAAAUUCAUGGCAGACUGCCCCCACACGAUCGGCGUGGAGUUUGGGACGCGGAUCAUCGAGGUGAGCGGCCAGAAGAUCAAGCUUCAGAUCUGGGACACGGCGGGACAGGAGCGCUUCAGGGCCGUCACCAGGAGCUACUACAGGGGCGCCGCCGGGGCACUCAUGGUCUACGACAUCACCAGGAGAAGCACAUACAACCACCUCAGCAGUUGGCUCACUGAUGCCAGGAAUCUCACCAACCCCAAUACUGUCAUCAUCCUCAUAGGCAACAAAGCAGAUCUAGAGGCACAGAGGGAUGUCACGUACGAGGAAGCCAAGCAGUUCGCAGAGGAGAACGGUCUGCUAUUUCUGGAGGCCAGUGCAAAAACGGGGGAGAACGUGGAGGACGCGUUCCUGGAGGCGGCCAAGAAGAUCUACCAGAACAUCCAGGACGGCAGCCUGGACCUGAACGCGGCCGAGUCGGGCGUGCAGCAUAAGCCCUCGGCACCACAGGGCGGCCGGCUAACCAGCGAGCCCCAGCCGCAGAGGGAGGGCUGCGGAUGCUAAUACUGACCAAUCACAUGCCAGCAUUAGCCCCUCGGAUGGCUAGUGACCAACCAACCAACCAACCAACUGCGUCAUCUCCUUCUCCUUCCUCUUCCUCCUCCCAACAUGACCCGCCCACCUGCCUACCCGUCAACAACAAAGCCAACAAAGCCAGCCAAUCAUCUGUCUGUCCCGUGCACACACGCUCAUACUAUGUAUAUUUUAUAAUGUACGCUCACACUCGGCCAUCGACUCACAGAAAAGCAGUCCUCCUGGAAGACGAAACAAACUCAUCCAAACACAAACACAAACUGCCACGCCCUCCGCACAGUACAGGCCAGAUGCCCCCAGAGGCCUGCUGCUGGGUCGCCAGGGGUAACGCAACGCGGGGAGGCGGAGCAGGGCAUUGGCUCAGGCCAGGUGGGCGGGCGCUAUUUUCAUCACUGACCCCUUCCUCUUCACAGCGCUCCCCCCUUCUCCUCUACCUUUAUCUCUGAUCUCCAUCUCUCUUUCUCUCUGUGUCGUAACACAUCUUGUCCCUCUCCUCCUCCUCCUCUUCCUCCUGGAGCAUCUGUAUAUUUCUCCUCUCCUCCACCUACUCCACUCCAUUCCUCAUCCCACUUACUUAGCACUCAGCAGGGGGGGUACGGCCCGUUGCUAGGGCUACCCUCCCAAAAAAAAAACACAAGUACUACUCUACAGAAACGAGCAAAACAAAACACAUCCAUCCAUCCACCCACCCAAGUUACUGACAGCUAGACAGAAUAGCCAGAAGAGUCGUACAGAAAACAUCAAAGCUCUGUUUUUGUUUUUGUUUUGUUUUUUUUAACAUGUCAUUUUAUAGCUCGAUAUAUAAAUAUACAGCAUACGAAUAUAAUGGCAGCCACACUCGUGUAAAACUCCCCAUGCCAAUGGGAAUCGGACAUCGGUAGAAUCCAAAACUCACCUUUGUAGAAAAAAUAAGGUAGAAGAUGCGAAAACUGGUCACUCUCCAUCUAGACAUCCACCCUCCUAGCCAGCCAACGCCUGCCUGCAUGGCUCACCGCCACCCCCCACUCGCAGCCCCACCCCCAGCACCUACUCCUGGUCUUUUUAAAUGAAGUAUGGAAGAGACUCUUUUGCUGAAUGAUGAAUCACUUUUUUUGAUUUUUUUUUUCGUUGAGUUUGCUUGGUUUUACUCCUCCCGUCCCGUGUGUGUGGAUUGUGAAGACUGAGGUGUGAGUGUGCGUGUCUGCGUGCGUGUGCGCAUAUUUUGAAGACUGAGGUGUGUGUGUGUCUGUGUGUGUGCGUGUUAGUCAUGAGUGAGGCUUAAUGUACUGUGGUGAGGUGGAUGUGGGUGGGUCUUUGGCCAGGUAACAGGAGUGUUAAGACUAGCCCUGGCUACAUCUCAUUAACGUGUCUUAUGACUGUGUGUGUGUGUGUGUGUGUGUGUGUGUGUGUGUGUGUGUGUGUGUGUGUGUGUGUGUGUGUGUGUGUAUCUAUGUGUGUGUGUGUGUGUGUGUGUGUGUGUGUGUGUGUGUGUGUGUGUGUGUGAUGUCAUCUAAAGUGUGUUUGUCUGUCUUGUGUUGAGGGUUAGGGGACUGAGCGGCCGGUCCUCCUGAAUCAGAUUAUGACACUUUAAGCAUGAGGAGUGAGAGGAAGAGAGAAGCAUUUUAUAAAUUAAAGAGUUUGGAGUCUCUCAAUGUUGUUCUCUUUUACACCUGCCCUCAUCUCUCUCUUGCUCUCUCUCUCUCUCUUUUUUUACCCCUCCACCUGUAUCUCUCGUCUCAUCUCUCCCCCACGCCCACCAUAUCAAUAGAUUAUGUCUGUCUUGACCAGCCAUUCUGUUCAUUUUCAUGAUUUGUCAAAUUUUCAUUUGUCUGUUUGUUUGUUUUUGUUGCCUUAUUGUUAUGAUUAUUAAUGUUAAUAUUAUUACUAUUACUGUUUAAUCUUUAUUACUUUAUGCUGCGCUUGCUCUAAAUACUGCUGUGGCAAAUCGGGUGCAUGUGAGUGUGUUCGUAUGUGUGUGUGUCUGAUAAGAAACGCUCUUUUCCAACACUGCUACUAGUCUCCUCAUAGGCAUCCCUGAGUUUCUGUGAGCGAGUGUGUGUAUGCAUGCAUGUGUGUGUGACUGGGGGAGAGAUGGGGUGCAAGUUAAGCAGUGACACACACACACGCACACUCACAGACACACGCACACAAAACACUCGUGUCUCCCAUCUCCUGGCUGUAAAUCUAGGCCUACUAGUCGCUGUUGGAUGGGCUUUGGCUUGUAUAGUAACAGCACUCGUGCAUAACCGCCCCGGCCACUAGGGGUCAGCAGCAAGCAACAGGGCGCUGGUGUGGACAUAAAUGUCUGUCCCCCAACCCCCUGUCCCCCAAAACCUUUCUGUAACAUAUUAUACACGCUAAAGAGAACGAGCCCCCCGAUAUAGCCCCUCCCUCCCUCCUCGGCUGUACAUUUGCCUAAUUAUCUGUUGGUUGAGACGCUAAAACUGGGACGGGGGGGUCCGACGUGACUCCAGCCUCCCGUAGAUUUGUACAGGUGAUGUGUCUUGUAGGAUGCUUGUAAUUUCUUUGCUUGGGGGGGAAAACAAACACAAAUUCUGUAACAUAGUUUCUAUGAAUAAACAUGUGGCCACGCUGUA